CCCGCCAUGGAGGAGGCCAGGCGGCGGCGGCGGGAGGCGGCCGAGUACUACCGAGGGCAGCGAGUGCCGGAGCGCAUGGAGGAGGCGCUGAACGCCCUGUUCCCGCUGCGCCCCGGGGACCUCUACGGGGAGCUGGCUAACUACCUUUCUAAAUAUUCAAAAGCUCCAAUAAUAUGCAAAUUAGUUGGAAGAAAAGUUCUUGAUGGAGUUGGUCAGCCAACACUAGAAGUGGAAAUAUACUGUACAGUUAAAAACUAUGAGCAGAGGAUUUGUUCCACUGUAAUGUCUUGCCAUUCUCGAAUACCUGAAAAUGCUUUACCUGAAACAAUUGAAGCUGAUGAAAAAGAAAGAAAUGACUCUGUUAAUGCUGCUGUGGAAUGGGUCAAUGAGUCGCUCAACACAAUGCUGAGGGACUUGGAGCCUACUGACCAGUGUCAAGUUGAUAAGAUGCUUGGUGAAUACUUUGCAAACAAGGUAGAAGAAAAAAAGGAAAUUCAAAAGCAAGUAGAAAAAGAAGAAGAAGAAGAAGAAGAAGCAGAAGCCAUUCUUGCCGUUACUUCACCCCCUCCAUCCCCAGCAUCACCACCUGGGAAAAAAAAGGCAGCAAAAGCAGGAAAGAAGUUGUCAGUGGAAGAGAGACCCAUCCCACCUGCAGAACCUGCUGCACCGGUGCUUUGUGGCAGCUUGGCCAUCGGGGGAACCUCCCUUGCCAUUGCAAAGGCUGGUGCCACCAUCAGCCACAUCCCGCUGUACUCACAUAUUGCACUGCUGAAACAUGAUCAGUCCCAAUUACAGGAGCCACCUGAAGAAAUUACUCUGCCACUUCCAAUGGUUACUCUGCUGAACUGUGAAAAAACUUCCCCUUCGAAGCUGAAAUUAGUGAAAGAAGUUAUGCUUAUACCACCAGUUCAGUUGUCACUCAGACAGGGCAUAGAAAGGAUUCUGCAUAUUCAGAAGGAAAUGACAAGACUGUUGGAGUCCCCGGGCAAAAUGCCUGAUCCUCAACCAGCAGAGAGUAAAAAAGGAAAAGCACAAAAUCCAGGGAAGAAAGGUCUGCCACAGUUCUUAAAAAGAAUAUCACACUUAGGUUGCCUAACAACAGGAUAUGAUGAUGUAGAACAGCUGCUACUCGUAAUGCAAACAGCUUGCAGCAACAUAGGUCUUCAGCUAGGAACAGAUGUGUACUUAGCAAUAAAUUGCGCUGCUCAUGAAUUAAUGGAUUAUGACAAAGGAAAAUAUGAAAUCCUCACUGGAACUUUCAAAAGCCCAGAUGAAAUGGUUGCUAUGUAUGAGGAACUGAUUGAUAAAUUUCCUUUUAUAAUUGCAUUAAUAGAUCCCUUAAGAAAAGAGGACAGAGAACAAUGGAGUAACAUAUGUUGUGCCCUUGGUUCCAAAUGUUACCUGAUUGCUGAAGAUGCUGCCACAUGUAUUUCCAAACUUAAAAUUGACCAAAACAUAAACACACCAAUGUGCAGUGGUGUUGUCCUAAAAUAUAUUAACCAAACCAAGGUUUCAGACCUCAUAGAACUUACUGGAAUUCUCAAUGGUCAGAGACGUAUUACCAUGUUAGGAAGCCCAGAUGGAGAAUCUUCUGAUGACAGCCUUGUGGACCUGGCCGUUGGACUGGGUGCCAGGUUUAUCAAGUUGGGAGGUCUUUCCCGCGGAGAAAGGGUGACCAAAUACAACCGCCUUCUGGCUAUAGAGGAAGAACUGGCCAAGAAUGGAAAUCUACGUGAAACAAAACUAGAAUUUGUUGCUUUUGCUGAAGAAUCACAGCCAGAAAAUCAGCCUUCUGAUGAACUUCCUCCCCCAGAGCAGAAUUAGCUGCCUCCACAGCUCUUGCAGGUUCACAGCCUCCCUGCUCAGCUCCCAGAGAACAGCACACUGACCCAGGCUGUCAACAUUACCUUUAGGAUAAAUUUCUAAGAAAAAAUAUUCUAGUCAGAAA